GCAGGGGGAGAGGCAAAGGGAGAAGCAGGCUCCCCGCUGAGCCAGGAGCCAGACAUGGGGCUCGAUCCCAGGACCCUGGGAUCAUGACCCGAGCAGAAGGCAGAGCUUAACCAUCUGAGCCACCCAGAUUCCCCAAAAGCUAUCCAUUUUUAAUUGAGUUCAUUAUUUCUGGUUUGCUAAUUCAAAGUUACUUAUAAAAAUCCCUUGUGGGGUGCCUGGCUGGCUCAGUCCUUACAGCAUGCGACUCUUGAUCUGUGGAUUGUAGGUUCAAGGCCCACCUUGCAUAUAGAGAUUACUUAAAAAUAAAAUCUUAAAAAAAAAAAAAAUCUCUUGUGUUUCAUUAAAAACAGUUUAAAAUAGGUUUUUUUCUUACCCUCUUAAGCAAUGAAUUUAAGCCAUGCAUAGAUUUUAGCUAUGGACGUCUUAGGACCAUCACGAUUUGAAAAGACAAAUAUUUCACUGUAUAGUUUUAUUAGAAAGGACAGGAAGCUUGGGAGAGAGGAAUAAGGCCAGGCUUGGUGCUCGUAUGGCCUCUUAACCCAUGUUGUGCCCUGCAGCCACAGUCCCAGAACCAGCUUCAUCGUCCCAGAGCCUGCUCUCCUGACUCCUUGCUGCCAACGCCCCUCUCUGCGCAAAGAAAGCCCUAAAAUCUGGGGGCGAUGAGAUCAGAGGAUUUCCCGUUCAAUUUGUGACUUUCCACCACUCAAUGACACUGCAUCCACCCGCUUCAUACCCGGAACCCGCAUUGGUGACGGGAGCUGCGGUCAGCGGAGAGAGACCGGGUGGGCGCAGCCGGAAGUCCCGCCCUACGGAAGUGGGCCCGACCCGUUGGGCGGGAAACCGAGUACGGCGUCGUUGUAGGCUGGCGGCGAGGGAGAAGGGGCGGAACCCCAGCGCGCUGCGACUUGAGGGUGAAGGUCACGGCCUCUGCUCCCCGCGCGUUCGGAUCCUGCCCGGCUCCCGCCCGGAAACCGAGCUCUGGCCUCCUGUGGAAGAUGAAAUAUAAGGAAAAAGAAUACAGACGAGUAUGGAAAGUGAGGACACAAAGAAGAUACAAGAAAUGAAGACUGACCUGAACUUAUUAUUGGAGUGCCUGAAGUAUCAAAUGGACAACCCUUUCUCACAAAAGGAAGCUUUGGUCACUAUUCAUUCAGUUUGUCAACAAAAUAGUAAUGCAGGUGUUUAUUUUAGGGAAAUUGGUGGUUUGAUGUUUGUAAAAAAUCUUGCAAAGUCAAGUGAACAUAGCAUGGUAAAAGAAGCAGCCUUAUACACAUUAGGAGCUGUUGCAGAACAAAAUGUUUACUGUCAGCAGUCUUUGUGCACUUCAGAAUUAUUUGAAGACUUAACUUGGUUCUUAUCUAAUGAUGAUUCAAACACAAAUUUGAAAAGAAUGUCUGUCUAUGUUAUUUUGGUUCUAGUUUCAAAUAAUAGGACUGGACAAACACUUGUAAGAGAAACAGGUUGUAUUACAGUUCUGACACAGUUGUUCAGGACUGUUCUUUCAAAAUACGAGUUGAAUUUGUCGGAUAAAGAUGCAUUCCAGAGCUAUCAGUUAUGGUCUUCAGUGUGUAGUACUUUGUGCGUCUGUGUCAACAAUCCUCAAAAUGAUGAAAAUCAAAUGCUUUGCUGUUCACUUUUUCCACAUGCCAAUGACUGGCUAAUAAAUUGUAUCAAACCUGAGAUAAUUCGCCCUGUUUGCUCAUUUAUUGGACUCACUCUUGCAAAUAACACAUAUGUUCAGAAAUACUUUAUAUCUGUGGGUGGACUGGAUGUAUUGUCUCAAGUUCUGGUGCAACUGGAAUCAGAUUCACACAAGACUCUUUCCAGUGCUAAGCUUGCAGUGGUGGUGACAAAGACAGUGGAUGCGUGUAUUGCUGAUAAUCCUACUUUUGGAAUAAUACUAUCCAAGUAUCAGAUUGUUUCAAAACUUCUGACAUUACUGCUUCAUGAAGGUCUGGAUUCAGGAGAAAAAUUUAGCAUUAUACUUACUCUUGGUCAUUGCACAGAGGAUUGUGAGGAAAAUCAGUAUGAUCUUUUUAAAAACAAUGGGCUUCCACUCAUGAUACAAGCCUUAACCGAAUCGCAGAAUGAGGAACUAAACAAAGCUGCCACUUUUGUGCUUCACAAUUGCAAAAAAAUUACUGAGAAAUUAUCUCUAAGUCUAGGAGAAUACUCUUUUGAUGAAAAUGAAGAACAAUUGAAAGACGUAAAUAUGAAAGAGAAGAGCCUUGAAGAGUACUGGAAGAAAGCAAAGGAAAUUCUACACAGAAUAGAACAGCUUGAAAGAGAAAGAAAUGAGGAAAAAAUACAAAGAGAAAAAGAUAAGGAUAAUGUUUCAUCUAUGAACAUAAAUAUUCAAAAUACAUUGAAACACCUCCAUGCAGAUAGUAUUGGCAGAGGUCCUACGGCAGAAGAUAAAGAUAAAAGGCAGUCGAGAAAACUUCAGAGUUAUCAGUCCCAUGGAGUUCUGUCUUCAGCAUGUACAAAUGAUCACCAAAUGAAAACCCUGUUAAAGAGUGCAAAUCCAGUUAAUGCUUGUUAUAGGGAGAGUGGGCAAAGUAAGACUUUAUGUAAAGCCAUUUCAAGCUAUAAUCAAAACUUAUAUGAAGGAACAACUUUUGAAAAAAAGAAUUCUGUUUCUCAAUCAAGUGACCAUAUUUUUAAACAUCCAAUUCCCGUUGUCAAAAAUAGAAAGCAGCAGUUACCAGUAACAGAUCCAUUUACAUUAUGUUCAGAUAUAAUAAAUAAAGAAGUCAUCAGUUUUCUAGCAACUGACAAUCAUUCCAAAAUGUUAAAGUAUAGAUGCUCAGGUUGCAUAGCAGUAGGAAAAUCUCUGAAUAGCCGAAAUUUUAGCAAGCUCUUGCACUCUUGCCCAUACCAAUGUGAUCGUCAUAAAGUCAUUGUGGAAGCUGAAGACAGAUAUAAAAGUGAACUAAGGAAAUCACGUAUCUGUAACAAAAAAAUUCUGCUGACCCCACGUAGAAGACGACAACUCAGUGGUGAAUCUUCUACCUCUGGAGAAAUAAAAAAAAGAAGAAUUCGUAAAAACUUUACUGAAGAAGAAGUAAAUUACCUUUUCAAUGGAGUUAAGAAAAUGGGAAAUCAUUGGAAUUUAAUUUUGUGGUCUUUCCCCUUUCAGCAAGGACGGAAGGCUGUGGACCUUGCUCACAAAUACCACAAGCUGACCAAACGUCCCAAGUGUGCAGCUCCUUGAUCGGAAUACCUGUCAGUUUUUAGUUUGAACUCUUAAAAUACAAUGCCUUGAGAAAACACAAUUUAAAAUACUCUUCUAAACGCUCAUGAAGCAGGGAAUCUAAAAACAGGAAUACUGUUCUAAUUACAUACUUUUUGUGACGCUUUGUCUCAUCGAAUUAUUAAAGUAAUUUCUAAAACAAUACAUUUUUAAUGUGUAGAUUAGUAAGACAAAAUUCCUUUAUAAGGUCAAACAUUCAUUUAGGAAUAUGCUUUUAUUUUUCCUUAAGCUCAAGGAACACAGGUCAGAGAAAAAAAAUGAUCAGCCUUUAAACAUUAUUUGACAUUAUAUUGUAAUGGAUACCAUGUGAGACAUUUGGAUUUUAGUAUAUUCUUACCCAGUGAAAGUUCUUCCCCAGAACUUAGAAUAGUUUCCCAAGCUGUUCACGUGAAGUUCCCACACAUUAAAUCAAUGUUUGACAUUUUGUUAACGAAAAUGUUCCUCUUCUAAAGGCUGAUUAUGUAAUUCCUUUGAAUACUCCCAAAUUCUAUGGUUAGGUUCACUUCUUUUUGGUGUAUGUUUAUUUGUUUUGCUUUUUAAAAACUGAGAACAUUUUUUUGUUCAUUUUUAAGUUAGUUUUCUUCUAGUGGAAAACCAAACUAUUUGAUCUCAAUUUUCUAUUUUUCUUAUUCUUUUUAUAUUUCUAUCAUGAUCCCCAAAGGAUGCUGUUGCAGCCUUUAUUAUACUUAAAAUGCUAUUGCUGUGGCAAGGUGAUUAAGUAUCAGGGCCUGAAACCUCACCUGUAUACUUAGGUAGCCGUUGGCUCACUGCCUCAUGUCAUUGUAGAUUUCUUCAGUCCCAGAAGUUAUUUCCUGUAAGUUUGUAUUCUUUGACCUUUUCACAUCAUGACUAUUUCUACUUUGAUAAACUCAGAGUUUUUAUUAAAUUUUUAAUUUUCUGAUCCAUAGUGAAAAUUCCAGAGAGCCAAUAUGCAGAAAAUUUUCUAUUUAAAUCCAAAAUUUCCUUUAAAGGAAAGAAUAAUUUACAAUUAGGAAAAUUCCUUAAAGCAUUUAAAGUGUGAAUGAAUCUAGUCUAUUAUCUGUCAGUAUUUCCUAAGCACUAUGGAGAUUAUUUAAAUAGUCUGUUCGGUUAUUUCGAUUUGUACUUCUCAAGAUUUAUGCAAGUUAUUUUAGGUCAAAAGGGAAAACAUUUUGUCUGUUGUUUCAGCCUUACCAGUUUAGAUAAUCGAAGUUGUUUCUUAAUAUUGUUCAAAUACAACUUAAGCAUAUUUUUCCACUUCAAGUGGGUCUCAGGUAAUAGUUCUUUUAUUUUUUUUUUAAUUUUUAAAAAGAUUUUAUUUAUUUGACAGAGAGAGAAACUGAGAGGGGGAACACAAACAGGUGGAGUGGGAGAGGGAGAAGCAGACUCUUCACUGAGCAGGGAGCCCGACACAGGGCUCAAUCCCAGGACCCUGGGAUCAUGACCUGAGCCGAAGGCAGACGCUUAACAACUGAGCCACCCGGGCACCCCAAUAGUUCUUUUAUUGACUGGGAAUUAUGUAUGUAACAGAAAAAUCAAACACUGCUUAAGUGAAGCAUCCCCAAGAAUAUGACAUACUAUAGCUUAGACACUGAUUUGUAUCAGUUAUUGAGGCAAUAUUUAAAUUAACCAGUAUUGGGGCACCUGAGUGGCUCAGUUGGUUGAGUGUCUGACUCUUGGUUUCAGCUCAGGUCAUGAUCUCAGGGUUUGUGAGAUUGAGCCCCGCAUGGGCUCCAUGCUGAGCAUGGAGCCUGCUUAAGAUUCUCUCUCUCCUUCUGCCCCUCCCCCCCUAAAAAAAAAAUAAUGAAAAGAAAAGAACCAAUACUCUAUUGCCUUCUGAAAUAUUGAAAUUUUGUCCUAACCCUUGACUAACUUUUGGUUAACAUGAGCUACUUUUUUUCCUUCAAAUGGAAAUAUUUGGUAAUAAAAUAAAUGACAUAUCAAAAGGAAAGCUGAAGAAUAAUGACCGAGAACUGUAUGGCUUUAGGAAUUCAGACCUGGCCAAAUCAACUGGGAAUAAAAAAUGACUUUAAUAAUGACAGACCUUUGGAGUUGGAACUGACCUCAGUUAUAGUUUGCUGCCAGAGGCAUGAACUGCUGUACCUGGCCAUUGGUGGCUCUCCUUAAUUUUACAAAAAUCCUCAGAAACAUGGAGUUUACUACUUAGGGUAAUAAUUGAUGGUCAUUCCUUCCUUACAUUAAAAUGAAAUGUGCUUUCCUCGAGCACCUUUUGUAGAAUCACAAAAGUUGAAUUUCUUUUCCACUAUGCCAGUCCUUGAAAGGCAAAGAUCAAUAUCCAUCAUUUUCCUCUUUUCCCUCUACAUGCUUUAUCUUUCAUGCUGAUAAGCCCCAGUUACUUCAGCAGAACAGUGUCAUGUCUCUUAUGAACUUAGUCACUGAACACUUCUUUUGUCUUUUUUUUUUUUUAAGAUUUUAUUUAUUUGACAGAGAGGGAACACAAGCAGGGGGAAUGGGAGAGGCAGAAGCAGGCUUCCCGCGGAGCAGGGAGCCCGAUGCGGGGCUCGAUCCCAGGACCCUGAGAUCACGACCUGAGCUGAAGGCAGACAGUUAACGACUGAGCCACCCAGGUGCCCCCACUUCUUUGUCUUUAUAAACUGUGGCCAGAAAGAAAUGUGGCCUGACUGCCAGAGUAAGGGAUCAGCUUUGAGGGGUCCAAUGAGGUUUUAUGGACCUCACCUGAGAUAGUUCUUGGUAUUAUACAUGAUCAACUCUCAGACUGUAGUUAAUAUAGUUUAUGAUUUACAGAUUAUAAUUUUAAUUAAUUUCUAUUUUGUUCUUAGGCUUUUAUUUUUAACCCCACUACAGAACUCAGCAGUCUCUUAAAAUUUCAUCUUGCUACAUUUAUUUAUUUAUUUAAAAGAUUUUAUUUAUUUAUUUGACAGAGAGAGACAUAGCGAGAGAAGGAACACAAGCAGGGGGAGUAGGAGAGGGAGAAGCAGGCUUACGCGGAGCGGGGAGCCCGAUGCGGGGCUCGAUCCCAGGACCCUGGGAUCAUGACCUGAGCCGAAGGCAGUCGCUUAACCAACUGAGCCACCCAGGCGCCCUACUUAUUUAUUUUUAAAAAGAUUUUAUUUAUUUGACAGAGAAAGACAGAGAGGGAACACAAGCAGGGGGAGUGGGAGAGGGAGAAGCAGGUUUCCCACAGAGCAGGGAGCCCAGUGUGGGGCUCGAUCGCAGGACCCGGGGAUCAUGACCUGAGCCGAAGGCAGAUGGUUAAAGACUGAGCCACCCAGGCGCCCCAUCUUGCUAGAUUUAAUCUGCACGCAGUUUGUCAUCCAGUAUAUUAGGCAUCCCUUCCUGCUUCAGGUCAUCCACAGCUGAUGGCAACUUGAGUUGGCUGGGCCAGGGUGAGAGGUGGGGCAGGCUCCUAGCAGCCUCUGGUUGUCCCUGCUCAUUGGUCCCCUCUGGGCCUGGUCUUUAACUUGCCUCAAUGCUAUCAUUCAGCUUACAUUUUUCACUUUCUUAUCUAUGAUGUGAAUUGCCAGAUGCCCUGUUGAAAACUGCAGUUGCUGUGUCUGCAACAUCCUCCUGCCUGGUAUUCCUGCAAAAAAGAAAAAGACUGUAAAUCUAGUCCUAUCUUUUCCUUUUCCAAUGGUCACAUUAGAGAAUUUUACCUAGGGCUGAUAAGUUCACUGGCCUGUAGUUUUAAACUCCAUCUUCUGUCCUGUGAAAAUUCAGAUUUAUGACUUGUAACACUUUCAGACUUCCAAGGGUGUAACUUUUUUUUUUUUUUUUUAAGAUUUUAUUCAUUUAUUUGAGACAGAGAGAAUGAGAGAGAGAGAGCACAUGAGAGGGGUGAGGGUCAGAGGGAGAAGCAGGCUCCCCGCCGAGCAGGGAGCCCGAUGCAGGACUCCAGGAUCAUGACCCGAGCCGAAAGCAGUCGCUUAACCAACUGAGCCACCCAGGCGCCCAAGGGUGUAACUCUUAAUGGGUUUUCACUCUCAUUGUCUUGUUUGAACCUUACAUUCAGGUUGGCAGAUGCUAUGCCCAUUUGUUGGAUCCUGUAACUCUUGCUGCCAACAUUUGGCAGAGCCGGAUCAGAAUUCUGCUCAUUUGAAACUCAUGUAGGUGGUUGCUUUUCCGCCAUAUCCCACUUCCUUGUGAUAUUUAGAAAUGCCUUAUAAAGUGAGCUGUUUGAGGAUAGCAAGAUCCCUCAGAGGCCACACCUAAAGUUAAGCUGGAUGGGUGAAAUGGACUUGUUUUUUUCCCAUUACUUUAUUUCCCCUUGUGGCUUCUUGACCUUUAUCCUUCACAUCUUUUUCGUUCCUUCAACCCCCCACCCCAAGACAGGAAAGUAAAGCUGCCUAUUUGUGGUGUGAAAUGCUGGCUCCCUGGAAAUAACAUUUUUUAAA